AUGCUUCGUUUGUUGUCUCCUCUGUGUCUCCUUCGGAGGCCCUCCAGCAGCUCUAACGCAGGCGAAACAGCAGCAGCAGCAGCAGCAGCAGCAGCAGUAGCAACGGCAGUAGCAUCACCAGCAGCAGCUGCUGCUGCAAGAGCAGCAGCAGCACCCCCAGCAGCACCAGCAGCAGGGACAGCAGCAGCAAGGUUUGUUUGUGUUGCUGCGAUUAGCAGCUUCUGCUGCAUGCUGCUUGCAUCCUUCCUGGGGCUCCCAGGGGUUGCAGCAGCAGCAGCAGCAGCAGCAGCAGCAGCAGAUGAUGCUUCUAGCAGCAGCUAUGAGCUGCUGACAGCAGCAGCAGAAGAAGGGGGUCGAUGGCAGCAGCCUGACGAUUACCCUUGGGACUUGCUUCCUAUUCCUACUCCAUCAUCUACAGCAGCAGCAGCAGCAGCAGCAAGAGCAGCAAGAGCAGCAGCAGCAGCAGAUGCAGCACAAGCAGCAGCAGCAGAUGCAGCACAAGCAGCAGCAGAUGCAGCAGCAGCUCUGGACCCUGACGUCCCCCCUUCUCCUUCCUGGGUGCAGCGGGAGAAGCAGCGCAUGCAGGUGGAUGCAGCAGCAGCAGCAGGGUUAGGAGCAGCAGCAGGCCCAGCAGAAGCAGCAGCAGCAGCAGCAACAGCAGCAGCAGCAGCAGCAGCAGGAGCAGCAGGAGGAGGAUCAACAGCAGGAGGAGCGGCUCAGUUGGUGUUGGCCUACUCCCUCGAAGGCUGUCACGUGCCUGCUGCAGCAGCAACAGCAACAGCAGCAGCAGCAGCAGCAGCAGCAGCAGCAGGAGAAGAAGAAGAAGCAGCAGAAGAAAUGCUUCAUGGUCAAGAAGCUCGUUCUGCUGCUGUAUCUAUAUUAAAGUUUCGUUUGUCUCAGUUGCUGCAGCAGAAGCAGCAGAAGCAGCCAGAGUCAUUACGUUCAGACUUACUCGAAGCAGCAGCAGCAGCAGAUGCAGCAGCAGCAGCAGCAGCAGCAGCAGCAGCAGUAAGCCCAAAUAUACAAUUCGAAUCGAAGUAUCUAUCCGCACUAGAAAUGGAAAUAGUAACGAAGCUCCCCGAGGGCAUCUCUGCUGCUGAGGCUCUGCCUGUUGCUGCUGCUAUUCCUUGUAUACACAAAACAUACAGAGACAGCAGCAAAUACAUAGAAGAACCGCAGCAACCGCUGCAGCAGCUGCUGCAGCACGAGCACCAGCAGCAGCAGCAGCAGCAGCAGCAGCAGCAGCAGCAGCAGCAGCAGGAAGAAGAAGAUGAUGGUGAUGUAUUGGGGGCCCCCUUUCUCCCCCGCAGACUGAAGGGUAGCAGCAGCAGCAGCAGCAGCAGCAGCAGCAGCAGCAGCAGCAGCAGCAGCAGCAGGAAGAAGAAGAUGAUGGUGAUGAAUUGGGGGCCCCCUUUCUCCCCCGCAGGCUGA